AUGGAUGGAACUACGUCUUUUACCGUGGCCCCAGUCGAGCGAACCCCUGGGCAAAAAUUCAACUUCGGAGCUCGUGUGACCGGAGUGGAUUUAAACAACAUCUCAGACGAGGAUGUUGAUCGCCUCAAGGCUGCUGUUUGGCGGCAUAAGGUUAUCGUCGUCAAGGCUCAACACGAUUUGGAUCCUAAAAAGCAAUGGGAAUUGGUGACACGGCUCGAUCCAAAGGCAAGCGAUGGCCACAGCCACGGUGAUCUAAAGACAUUCCGCGCGAAGGGGGGACUUCUCGCACAAGGGAGAGAGGUUGUUGGAAUUCCUGGCGCGGAAAACGUGCGCCUGAUCGGCAAGGGCUUCCAAGGAGAAAACCACUUUGGCAUUGAAAACCAUACUAUUGAGCGUGGACUCAGCAACGACUUUCAUGCUGUUCCCCCAUCCAUGGAAGACUUUGAAAAGGGCAUCACGCGUUUUCAACGCUGGCAUAUCGAUGCUCCGCUAUACGGGAAACAUCCAGCAUGGUUCACAACUCUACGAUGCGUUACACUUCCCAAAGGACCUGAUGUCACCGUCGAGUGGGCCGACGGGUCGGGCCGAACUAUUAAGUCCCCGCCUGGCCAGACUGCAUACUUUAGCACUUCUCAGCUAUACCUAAUGUUAACUCCUGAGGAGCAAGCACUUGUCGACCAUAGCUGGGUCGAAUAUGCACCAUAUCCAUACAAGUGGACCGAGCGCUGCAAAGGGAAUUCCAAUGGUCUAGGUCUGGCAGAAGGGGGUGAACGUCUAACGCUGGAAGAACUGGGAGAAUACGAUCCGAGUGCAGUAAAGAAGUACCCUUUGGUCUGGGUGAAUCCCCUUACAGGCGAAAAGGCCUUCCAGGUACAUGGUAAUUGCGCUCGAAAGCUCUAUCUACGCAGCUCCCAGGACGAGGAGCCUCGAAUUAUAGAAGAUGUUACCGAAAUCGUGAAGUUCCUCUUGGAUAUCCAAAAUCGAGUUUUGAAGCCGGAGUACGUCUUGUUGGCUCCAGCCGAAGAAGGAGACAUGGUCAUUUGGGAUAAUUAUGGGGUCUUUCAUUCGGCUAUUGACUACCCGAUUCGCAUGGGUCCAAGGUCAAUGCAUCAGGCAAAUAUCAGUGGAAGCAUUGGCCCGAGAGGGCCAGUGCCGAUCCCCUUGCAUGCCUAA